UUCAGAGGAGAAGGGAAUGGGUUUUUGGAAACGAAAGAGUGGUUUAGUGAAGAAAUUGAUUGUUUCGGUCGUUGUCUUCGUGUUGAUAUCCAUCGGACUAUUGGUGGCGACCAUUGUAUUGACCAUCAAAUACAUCCAGACAGACGACGAACCGGAUGUUUGCGAAUCAGCCGAAUGUUUAAUAGCAGCCUCCAAUCUUCAGAGUUCUCUCAACUUAUCUGCCGAUCCGUGUGAAGACUUUUAUGAGUACUCCUGUGGCGGUUGGAUCCGCGACAAUAUUAUCCCACCCGACAGGGGCAUGUUGGCUAGGUCAGAUGUCACCAGAAAGAGACUCAAAAAUAAUCUUAGAGUACUUCUGGAUGCAGAAUAUGAUGAUAAGUAUCCGACAAUUAUAUCGGACGCCACUAAAUACUAUAAGCAGUGCAUGGAUUUGGAUAAAUGUGCGGAAAGAAAACGAGAGAAGGGUUUACGAGAACUGAAAGAUUUAGUAAAUGAUUGGCCGAUGAUUAACAACAGUCAAGAGAUCCCCAACUUUUUGUGGUGGAAAGAAGUGGCCAGGCUUAUUAGGGGACAUAAAUUCAAUUUUAUUUUAUCCAAUUAUGUCGCUUUUGACUCCAAAAACACCUCUAUUUAUUCUAUCCAUGUAGACGCACCGUCAUUAGGUGUGGGUCGGAUCCAACUGGUCAAACCUGAUGAUCAAAACAAUAAGCGAAUUCUGGAGGCGUAUAAAGUAUUGAUUGAAGAAUCGGCACAACUAUUAGAUGGAGGCGCCGGCAAACUGAGUGCUAAUAUUAAGGCAGACAUUCAACAUGUGGUGGACUUUGAGUCAGAUUUGGCCAAAAUUAUGGCCGAACCGUCUGCCCGUCGAAACCGCACUGAACUAUACGGACAUAAAAUAGAUUUACAAACAUUUGUCAACACAUAUAAUAUACCGCUUCUGGAUAUUGAGAGGCAGGUGUUUACCAACUAUGCGACCAUCGAUGGCAACACAGGGCUUAUAGUUUAUGACCGAGAUUAUUUUAGACAAUUGGCUGAUCUAUUAAACAGAACCCACACCAAGGAUGUCAAAAUAAUACAGAAUUACCUGAAGUGGCGAACUGUGCGCUCAUUAGGCACUCACACGUCAAAGGCUUUCCGAGACAUAGAGUUUGCGUUCAACAAAGUGUUGACAGGAGUGGAGGAACCGCCGGCUCUUUGGGAGGUUUGUGUAAAUCUGGUCAACAAUAGACUCCCUUUCGCUGUCGGAAGGCUUUAUGUGGACAAACACUUCCCCGAAGAGGCCAAACGGGAUAUGGAUGUACUGAUCGAUGCACUCAACAAAGCCUUCACUGAAUUACUCGAUGAGAACGAGUGGAUGGAAAAGGAGACCAAAGAUAAGGUCAGAGAAAAGUUGGCAACCAUGUUGAGAUUCAUUGGUUAUCCGGAUUUUAUUAAAAAAAACUCAGAAUUGACUGAUUAUUAUAGCGAAUUAGUCUUAAACUUUAACAAAUCAUUCCUUGAGACCAUUAAAGACAAUAACUUGUGGACCUCUAAGAAGUGGCUAACUAUGUUGAACAAAAGCAACCAGGACAGAUCAACAAUUGAAUGGUUUAGGAGUCCGGCGAUUGUCGACGCAUUCUUCUCUCCUCACAAUAUCAUCCGUAAUGAUAAUAUUCCCGGCUGGAGUACUUCAGUCUCCAUUCUAUACGUACAAACUACCAAUGUGAGCAUGGGCAUUAAAUUUAGGUGGAAUCGGAAUGGUGCUCAAUAUGACAGGUUUGGUAAUCUAUACAAUUGGAGGGAUGGAGUCACUCAACAGAGAUUCAAUGAACGGAUCAAAUGUUUUAUCAAUCAAUACAACGGUUAUAACGACUCUAACGCUGGAAUGAAUAUCAAUGGAAAGACAACUAUUGGGGAGAAUAUUGCAGAUAAUGGAGGCUUAAGACAAGCAUUUAAAAUCAAUGGAAAGACAACUAUUGGGGAGAAUAUUGCAGAUAAUGGAGGCUUAAGACAAGCAUUUAAAGCACUGGAGAACUAUAGCGUUCGUAAGCAGUCAUUGCCGGGAAGUAUGAAGAGCUUCACGAGUGAACAGCUAUUCUUCCUGUCGUUUGCAAACGUGAGACUCAAUUGGAUUCAUAAUACAGGAGGGUGUGUAAACAUUAGAGAUAAGGCUUUAAAACGACAGAUCGAGACCGACCCCCACAGUCCCAACAAAUACCGGAUUUGGGGCACUGUUUCCAACUCCGAGUCAUUCGCCAAAGCAUUCAAUUGUAAGCCAAAGACUAAUAUGAAUCCCGAACCCAAAGACAAAUGCAUUCUCUGG